AUGCUUUGGAUUUCGUUGCAGUUUUAUGCAGCUGGUUCUUUCCAAACCGUAAAGAAUGAUUUUCAAGAAAUCGCUCUUAUGCCAGAGGUCUUUGGGUGUAUUGAUGGAACACAUAUUAGUAUUGUCAGACCUAAGAACCACGAAAAAGCCUAUGUAAAUCGUAAAAAUUAUCAUUCUUUAAAUGUACAGGCUACAUGCGAGGCAAAUCAUCGAUUUCUUAGCAAAAAAUGUCACGUGUUACAUGGUGAGAUAAAGAUGUCACCGACGAAAGCAUCUUGGAUUACGGUAGAUUGUUGUCUUCUACAUAAUAUUGCAAUCGAUCGGAAAAUGCCACUAGACGAGGACAGCAUAGAGUUAGAAAUCGAUAAUGUAGAUAACAUUGUAUGA